AUGCUUGCCUCCAGGAAGCGGCCCACGCCGCUGCUGCUGCUCUUCGUCCUCGUCCUCAUCGGAAUAUGGUACCACAGCAGAGACACUGACCGCAUAUACCUGCAAUGGAUGUCCUCGAUUGAGUCGCGCCCUGCAAAGAUACCCUCCAACAAAACCCUAGGCUUCGGCGCCGUCGUAGUCGUGUCCAAGGAUGGCUCCUCGCGCCGCAAGCCGCUGCUCCAAGCUGCCAAUGUCACCGACAUCGACCUUACCAUCCCGACCCAGCCAGAAUGGACUGAGGGCGACGUCCAGCGCUUCAUCAACGGUCAGGAAAAGGCGCAGAAGGGAUCGAUACUAGCGUGGUUAGGGCACCACAACGCGCUGCGCUGGUUCCUAGAUUCAGGCCUCGAGACGGCUCUCAUUCUCGAAGACGACGUCGAUUGGGACAUCCGCCUGCGCAGCGUCCAGAUACCCCUUGCGGCAAGCGCUGCCCGCCAGCUCCUUCCUCCACCACGCGCUCAACACCCGGGCGUCAACGCCGCCAGCAACCACACACAAUACUGGGGCGACCAAGAUGCCUGGGAUCUGCUCUAUCUCGGUCAUUGCGGUGACUACUUUGAUAUUGUCACCGAGGACGGCCCAAAGACCGACCGCCAGUCCUUCAACCUGAGCGCUAUGCCACACAUCCUAUGGCAAGACCCUACGCUUCCAUCGUGGAUUAACCUACACCCAUUUACACAAGACCUAUUCCGCCUUUUGGGCAUGCCCGAGAAAACGCGCGUCAUGCACCGAGCCAAGUUCCCUCUAUGCUCCUUCGGAUACGCCGUCACACGCCGCGCCGCCGAACGUCUCCUCAACGAUCUCGCUCCGCCGAAACUGAAGAAGUCAGGCGCCCGCGCAUUCGACGUCGCCCUUCUUCACGCCUGCAACAAGGGAGAGAACACGCCAUCUCCCACACCGGAGUGGCAGAAAGCCAACCCUCGAAGUCGAAGCAAAUACCCGAGCCCAGGACUACGGUGCUGGACACUGAACUCUGAGCUAUUCCAUCACAUGCCUGGUAAAAGCGAGAUUGAUUCAAUUGGAGAGAAACUUGGCGAGGAACACAGCCUGCCGCCAGUGGACCUGGCAGCCCAAGCGCAGGUCGUAUACCGAAACGAGACCACAAACAUCGACUGCGGAUUCUGGAACGGAGCCUUCGCAUUCGACGAGGACGAUACCGAACGGCUGCAUUUCCUGCAAGAAAAAGUCGGGAGGCAAGGCAACUGCCUUAAAGAAGGCAAAGACCGAGACGAGAUCACAUACCCGCCUCAAAAAGCGAUGACGUGA